GGGUACUUCUUCCAUGCGGAACCUUUGGCAUAGCAUGUAUAUUUUCAGCCGAUCCACAGUGUCAGAGGACCGACUGGGAAGCGGCUAUUGCACUUGUUGCCACGUCGGAACAGUCCGGGAAUCAGCUUUAUUCAUUUGAGGCAAGACGGGAGUGUUUUGUCUGGAAGGGUUUUAAACCAAACACAACCAUGGUUUCUGUCAUCAACACAGUGGACACUUCUCAUGAGGAUAUGAUCCACGAUGCCCAAAUGGACUACUAUGGGACGCGGCUAGCCACCUGUUCGUCUGACCGCACCGUGAAGAUCUUUGAUGUCAGAAAUGGAGGGCAGAUACUGGUGGCAGACCUCAGAGGCCAUGAGGGUCCAGUGUGGCAGGUAGCUUGGGCCCACCCCAUGUACGGCAACAUCCUAGCCUCCUGUUCCUAUGACCGUAAAGUCAUCAUCUGGAAGGAAGAGAACGGAGCCUGGGACAAGAUGUAUGAAUACACUGGCCAUGAGUCAUCGGUGAACUCGGUCUGCUGGGGUCCCUAUGACUUUGGUCUGAUCCUGGCUUGUGGCAGCUCAGAUGGAGCCAUUUCACUGCUCACGUUUACUGGUGACCAGCAGUGGGAUGUCAAGAAGAUCAGCAAUGCACACACUAUCGGCUGCAAUGCAGUGAGCUGGGCUCCUGCUGUAGUUCCAGGCAGUCUGAUUGACCAGCCUUCAGGACAGAAACCAAAUUACGUCAAACGCUUUGUCUCGGGAGGCUGCGACAACCUGGUCAAACUGUGGAAGGAGGAGGACGGCCAAUGGAAGGAAGACCAGAAACUGGAGGCUCACAGUGAUUGGGUGAGAGAUGUUGGCUGGGCUCCUUCUAUAGGUCUCCCCACCAGCACCAUCGCCAGCUGCUCCCAGGACGGGCGUGUGUUUAUCUGGACGUGUGAUGAUCCUGCAGGCAACACCUGGACAGCUAAACUGCUCCAUAAGUUUAAUGAUGUGGUUUGGCACGUCAGCUGGUCCAUCACUGGAAACAUCCUGGCUGUGUCUGGAGGGGACAACAAGGUAACCCUUUGGAAGGAAUCAAUGGACGGACAGUGGGCGUGUAUCAGCGACGUCAGCAAGGGCCAGGGAGCCGUCUCCUCCAUCACAGACACACAGCAGAAUGAACAGUGACACACACACACACACACACACACAGCAGUGACCCCUGACUCCUUAAUAGAUGACCGUAAUCCUCAAAGAUGAAAUAUGAAACAAAGUUGAAAUUCGGAAGAAGCAAAACUCAUGCACACCACUUUCUAAAUAUUUUGGGCUGUAACUAGGUUGUUUGACAUCAGCUUUGUGAUAUUCAUGAGUUCAGAUGUCAGACACUUGCCUCGGCUUGACAUGUACCUUGUCUUGGAUAGAAUAAUAGCUCACAUUUAUCGGACGAGGUAAGGGACCCCCACAUAGUUAGAAGGAAAAUGUCCACAAGGACUAUGCUUCCUUUCCUCUUCAGAUACGUUGUAUGCUUGGAAAUAUGACCAUGAUUGAAUAUAAGUAAGUAAAAUAAUAAGUAAAAUAAGUAAGUAAGAAUUUUAAGAGCUUAUAUGCACUCCACAAUUUCUUGUUUUCAUUUCUUCUCAGUUCAGGCUUUGUACACACUGAUCCAAACAUAACUUGGUUAUGUUUGGAUCAGAAAGUGCACACCCAACCUAACCCUCAUGCUCCAUCCCCAAGCUGGUAGACAAAUGCUCCCAUGAUGCUCAGCUCCUGAAACAUUCCGAAACCCUACCCUACCAACAUCCCAGACUGUCCCAGCAUCCUCUGCAACAACUGCACCACUUACCCCCUCUCACUUCACAAACCUGAUCCACAUUGCCAAACAGCUGACUGAAACUCUGACCCACCAUGCGACAUAAUUCAUCUGGUCGCUCCUGCAGGUUUGAUCAGAUGACACAAGUUUCCCUUUUCUGGACUCCAAGUCAUUUUUACCAGGAAAAACAAACAAACCGGCAGUUACUGGAUGACACAAACUGCUAAACAGGGCUUUAUAUUUAACAGGUUUUUCAUACCAUACCAACAGUCUGUUGUGUUUUUUUUUUUUCUUUAUCAUUAUUAUUAUGGAAUACAUGCAGUGCAAAACCAGCCUUACCCCUGGACAGACAGAUAACAAAUCCAAGUAUUCUCAUGGGCGACUUGACUGUCUACUUCUAUUUUGAAACCCCGUCUCUUGCUUCCAACUAGGAAUGAUAAAUUAUCAAUCAUUAAGUGAUUUUUAUUAGUAAUUUUGAGAACAGUAUAAAUUGUUUUCCACAGAUGGUUCAUUUGGUAUUUGCUGGUUGUCACCCAAAAGCAAAUGAACAGCUAUUUUGUAAACUGAGAUUGGACCUUAAUUAAUAAGCUAACCAGUAUAUUGCUGUGGCAACCAGACCUGAAUAAAUGAACAUGUGGAAAAAGCAACUACAAAUGGAAAUUGAUUGUAAAAUGCAAAACUAUUUGUGUUUUUUUUCCCCCUUCAGUUUCACAGUUAUAAGACAUGAAUGCUAUGUUUUUCAUAUGUUGUAAUUAAAUAACUACAAUGUAACAAAGCUGUCCUGUUUUGUUUCUUAUAAUUUGUCAUAUUCAGAUUGUAAUGUAAUGCAAUUGUAAUAUACUUGACAGUGAUUGGUUAAUUCCAAAGCGGCUGUUUGGUUAAAAUCAAGAAGUGUUGUGCUGAUCUGUUUCUGUUCUCCUUCCUCACAUUUAGGAAAGAGUUGUCUGAAGUAGCUGCUGCAGCACUGAUGC